AUUGCUUAUCGAUUAGUUUUAAGCCUUUUUCGAUAUAAAUGCAUAAGAGAGAUUUAAUUGUCGAAUUUUUUCACCUCUUGUUCAAAGCACGCAAUAAAAACGGGUUUUUUUGCCUCGGAGAAGAACUUGAGAAAUAUAUGAACCCAUAAAAAUAAAUAUAAAUAAAAAAAAUAAUCCAGAAACAUCUACAUUAUGUUCUUUAACGGCAGGACUUUGUGCCCGUUUGCCUCAUUCGCAUUAGUCGCAUUGCUUGGAUUGCUUGUGUGCAUUCAAGCUAAUGACGUCAAGAAUACGUUUGAAGAGCAUAAAGUUGUGCCCGAUGUUAUAGAGAUUGCACCGCAGCAGUUCCUUGACGUAAUCUACGACCAGGACAUAAAAGCUGAAAAAGGCGUUCAAUUAACUCCUACCCAAGUAAAGAAUGAACCGAAGGUGAUGUGGAAUGCCGAUGAAGAUGCCUAUUAUAGCUUAAUAAUGACGGAUCCCGAUGCUCCAAGUCGUGCCGAACCGAAAUUCCGCGAAUUCCGUCACUGGUUGGUAGCUAAUAUACCCGGCAAUCAGGUGGGAAAGGGUGAAGUUAUUGCGGCCUACGUAGGUUCUGGUCCCCCGAAAGGCACAGGUUUACAUCGCUACGUGUUCCUAUUGUAUAAGCAGCCCGAGAAAAUAGCAUUCAAUGAAAAGCAUGUAGCUAACAACUCCCGUGAGGAGAGACCGAAUUUUCGCGCAGCUAAAUUUGCUCAGAAAUACAACUUGGGUUCACCGAUAGCUGGGAAUUUCUUCCAAGCGGAAUGGGAUGAAUACGUACCAACCGUCCACAAACAAUUGUCAGGAGGCAAUUAACUUUAAAUCGUUCACUUUUUAAAUCAGUUUAUAUCGGUUGACAAACUAUAAAACUUUUAUGCGUUAAUUUUUAAUAAUAAAAAAAAAAAGAGGGAAAAAUGA